GCUACAUCUUAGAUCUCUACAAUGAAUUUCGAUGACCAUAGCGAUUUCCGGCUGGCUAACAACACGAUAAGAGUGCGAGCUAUUUCCCCGGGCCCUCCUGUAAUGAAUGCUUCCUCGACCCAGUCUACUAUCGUUCCUCCAUCUCUCAUCCAUGUGGCUCCAACAGCCUACAUUGGAGCGCUUCCUAACUACAGCCAACUUCCAGCGCCAAUGAGAAACUCCAUCUGUAUUGGUCCUCACGAACAAGCAGGAGGUGGCUACGGAUGUAGUAGUUUUAACUUCCUUCCGUCCACGUUUCCUACCAACCCACUUCCCAUUCCUGAUUCUUUCCUGAUCCCGUUUCAAUACCCUAAUAUUUCGACAAUGCAGAAUUGCCACCAAACCAACCAAAGACUCUUGCAUCCUAAUUGUGCCACAGACUUUCCUGUUUUACAAGGGACUUUUCGGCAAGCCCCUAUGUGGCCAUCCUAUUUUGGUUUUCCAGUAAACAAUGCUCCACGAAACGUUUUAGAACCGACGUUUUGCGCACAAGUUUGUCCUGUGCGAAGCGGUUCAACUUUUACCACCCCUCGUCGUGGAGUUAUGAUCCGCAGAACACGCUCAAAGCAGACUGCAGCGAAGGCCAAAUCGAAACCUCUGACGGAGAGCAAUUCGGGCACGAUUUACCAACCGUAUUGGUCCGACAUUGAAAUCUGUUCGGCGCUAAAGGACAAGUCAGCAAUAUCGGGAACUCUGAACAUAAAAAAACAACAGCUGAACGAUAGCUACGUCAAACAUCCGCUCGGGGAUGCAGAUGUUUACAUUCGCGGUCUUCAGAACCGGAAUCGUGCCUUGCCGACUGACAUUGUUGUGGUCGCUAUACAUCCGAAAAUGCGUUGGAGAGUAUUUGACACCUUUGUGAAAACCCCGGCUUUCCAGACGGAUGAGGAGGAGACAUCCAACAAACGGAGGAAUUACGUGUCGCUGGGGGAGUUUUUGGAUAACCAUAGGGCCGAAUUAGAGCAGCUGAUUGGGUCUGAACUUGUGGAGAAGAUAUCCGCUGACUUGAACUCCUGCGCAGACCCUGUUUCAACGAACGAGUCUUCUGACCUUCUACCUUGGUGGUCUGUAUUCCAGCGCACCGGUCACGUGGUCGGCAUACUGCACCGACUACACAGUCGCACUUGUAUCGGUUAUCUAACAUUACAGAAAAGCGCCACUACUCCCAAGAAGUCGCAGGUACCAGGAAGCCCUUUAUCAGCAUCUUGCGAUACUAUAUCGUCCAGUUGGAAUUUUGCCACUCUUGUUCCGGUCGAUACUCGUAUCCCUUAUGUUUGCAUACAUCGAUCUGAUUGCCCCAUCGAAUUUCGAACGAACCCAGAGUCUUUCAGGAAUGUUCGCUACGUUGCACACAUUGUUGCAUGGCCGGAUAACUCUCUGUUUCCCAAAGGGCAACUUCUGCGCAACUUGUCCUCCAGCACACAAAGCCUAAUUGACACCGAGACGGACAGAAUCCUGAUCACUGCUGGUUUCGUUCAUGGCCUGGAUGCUACACACAACUUCCCUGAUCAUGUCAAUCAGUCUGCCAAAGAAGCCGUGGACACUACUGUUUCCUCGUUCGAGGAAGAAUUAUACUGGCGAAAUGAUUUUCGACCACUUUGUGUCUUCAGCAUCGACCCAAGUACUGCCCGCGAUUUAGACGACGCUCUUCAUGUGCGGCGUUUAUCCGACAAGGAGAUUGCCACACUGACCUCCGAAGGCUGUUCUGAUGCUGCAUAUGAGGUCGGCAUCCACAUAGCUGAUGUGUCUUACUUUGUUCGUCCGCGGACCCCGCUGGAUCAGGAAGCAUCUACAAGGGCAACGACUAUCUAUCUGGUUCAACUCUGUGUACCCAUGCUUCCCGAUCUACUGUCUGAACAAGUGUGCAGUCUGAAUCCGGGCGAGGACAAGCUGACAUUUUCGGUGGUUUUCAAGGUCAACGUCAAGGGUGAGAUUCUGAAGGCUUGGUUCGGCCGAUCUGUAAUACGCUCCUGUGCCAAGCUGAGCUACGAGAAUGCUCAAUUUAUCAUCGAUGAUCCAAGCGCGGAUUUCCCUUCCGAGUGUGCACCGAAGGUGUUCGAACCUCACUCCAUGCAGUCCGUUCGCGAGAGCGUGCUGCAGUUACACGAGCUUGCGAUGCAGCGCCGACGCCGGCGAUUUAGUGGUGGUAGUCUGCGUUUGGAUCAAGUGAAGGCAAGCUUCGUACUGAGCGAUGACAAGAAAAUGCCUGUUGGGAUCUCACCGGCUAUUUGCAGACCUUCCAACUGGCUAGUGGAAGAAUGGAUGCUGGCGGCCAACGAAGCAGUUGCCAAACAUCUCGCCGCCCAUCUUCCAGCCGUGGCCUUCUUGCGGCGUCACACUGCUCCGUCGUUGAAUCAACUACUACGAGCGUCCAGUCAGCUCGAAUCUAUCGGCAUCCAUGUGGACACAGAAACCGCUGGGUCUAUCCAGGCAUCGAUUUGCCGUGAAGCCGGCUGCGCUGUCGAUACUGGCUAUCAUUUCUCGUCGCAGCUCGCCUCUUUGUGUGCAGAUGUUGCUUCGCGAUUGUCACUGGCCGACGCCGACCUUGCGGAGAGUGUGGAGGCAAUUGUACCGCAUUCCGUAGGAAGCACCAGCAACCAACUUCCUCCUCAAAAGGUGGAGUUGGAACGUGAGGCUCGUUUGUUAGUCGCCGUAUACUUGCUCACCAAGACCAUGAACUUGGCCGAGUACUUUUGCCUUGGUGAGCUGUCCGAUUCGGAGACCACGGACCACUACGCUCUCAACAUGGAGUUCUACACUCAUUUCACUUCGCCAAUCCGUCGAUAUGCGGACAUCAUCGUGCAUCGACAACUGGCCGCCACACUUGCUCGUUCCGCGUCGGACGAGGGGAAAGCGGAUCUCGCAGUCUGGUACUCUCGGUCGCUUGCACCCGGAAAAUGGGACUCGAAGCAAUUGCAAAUUCAAGCGGAGAUUUGCAAUGCGAAGAAACUGUCGGCACGACAGGCUAGCGAGGAGAGCAUGGAAGUGUUCUUUGUAUUAUUCGUCAAGGAUUUUGGGCCUCUUGUGGAAACGUGCACCGUGAUUGGUGUUCUUGAUCGAUCUUUUGACGUCCUCAUCCUCUCUUGCGGGCUGGUUCGUCGGGUUCACCUUAAGGACCUAGAUUUGAGAAAUAAUGAGGUGAUCGACGCACGAACAACUCGCCGUAGCUCGCCAGCUAUCAAGUUGUGUCUUUUGUGGAACAGUCCCCCACCACCAUGCACCGAUUCAUCCACUCAAGUGGAGCGAAUCUCUUCUGUUUCCGUUGGUGACUCGAACACUGUUCCCAGCUGCGGUUGCUUUUACACCGAGAUUAAGAUGUUAGAUGUGGUCCUUUGCCAAGUCACAAUCGACCAAUCAGGCACCAAUGCGAAUUCAACGGUCGAACCCUUGCAGAACGAUGCAGCCGAAUCACGGACUACUUCGUUACCAAAACUCAGGGUCACUCUGCUGCGGCCAACGUGCUCCAAGUGUUGUGCAUCAUCGGUGGUGACCUAACCCUCACGCGUCCCACCUGUAUUUCGCUCAUACGCGCGCGCGCCUUGUGCACGACUGACAGCACACCGUUGUCUUUCCUCACAUGCAUUCGUUUAUUUCUGUUUGGAUUUUUGUUGUUCUUGUCUUUUUUGACCCCUUUACGUGUUUUGCCACGUAGCUCACUGCAUCCAGAAAUCUUUGUUUAUGAUUUGGAACAAUUAACCUUUACUGUUGACAACAAUUCGAGGGAUGUUAUUCUUGUAUUAUCCUCCUGUGAAACUAUAAUAUACUCCUACCUGGUCAUUUUC